UAACACAAUGUUUUGGUAUUUAAAAGGUCAAAAAACCUCUAAAUUUUCUUUAAAAAAUGUUUUAAUAUCAUCAAGAGUUUUAUUUUAGAAAAGACAGGCUAUUAUACUUUUUCUAUAUCUUAGCUGAAAAUGUUAUUUAAUUAUAGGAAGUCUUUGUUACUUGUUGCUAUUAACAUGCUCCUAAAAUUCUCCAAAUCUUCGCCAGUUAUCACAAUUAUCGAUCAUUCCUUCACCACUUCGACUCUUAUUUCAUGCCAUGAUGGUUGUUCUAUUAAAUCUGAUGCUUUAACUUUUUCAAACACGCCAAUCACUCUUACUGACCAUUCGUUUUCUACUUCUACAAUUUUGUCAUGUUCUCAACACUCUUGUUCUGCUGAAUCUCAGCUUUCUAUUUCUAUCUCAAGUUCUGAAAUUUCAAAUUUUUUGCUGUCAUCCAAACCAACAAGUUUAGUGAUAAGCUCAACAACACCAAAUUCUACCCCAUAUACUGAUAUAUCUUCAUCCCUUAUAACCUCCUCAAUCUUAUCAAUACCAUCAAGUAUUUUAAGUCUAUCAACCCCAUCAAUUCCAUCGGUUUCAUCUACCUUAUCUACUUCCCCAACUUUGUCUAGUUCCCCAACUUUAUCAAAUACAAAAAGCUCUCUGAGCGAUACUAACUCUUCACUCACAUCGAGCCAAGUUAUCUCUUCGUCUCAAACAUGUACACCAAUUAUUAUUACAACUGUUUCCACUAACAGUGAUGGUGAAGAAACUAUAUUUACUACUUCCGCAUCAUUUUCAUUAAUCAUCUCUGAUGAGGCUCUUCAAACUGAAUAUUGUUCAGAUGAACUACCUUUUUCAAAAUCUUCUGUUUUGUCAACUAUAUCUUCCACAUACCCUUUAUUGCCUCUAUGUACCCCAAUAACUACAACAUAUACUAAAAUUGAUGAUUCUGAUAACGAAACCACUUUUACUGACCAUCUUUCUUAUUUAUUAGUUACCUCAGCUAAUAUUGUUUACACUGAAUACUGUUCAUUUGAACCAGAAAUCAUAUUUGAACCAGCAAUUACAUCUGAACCACCUUCAUGUACUCAAGAAACCCAAAUUUAUCAAACAACUGAUGAUGAUGGAAAUGAAAUUGUGGUUACUGAGAUAGUUUCUUAUUCGUUGAUUACAGAUGAUAAUGGCAUUGUCCACACUGAAUAUUGUUUGACUCAACCAAAAACUUCUUCAAUCUACUCAACAUCAUUACUUUAUUCAACUUUAUCUUUUUCAUCAAGUUCAUCAAGUUCAUCUAUGUUAUCCCCACAGUUAUCAUGUACUCCAUUAACCACAACUUAUGUCACAAAAGAUAAUAGGGAUAAAGAAACAACUGUUAGUGAAACAGUUUCUUAUUUGUUAAUCACAAAUGAUGAUAUUGUGUAUACUGAAUAUUGUUUAUAUACGGAAACUACUUCUUCAGAAACAACAAAGAGUUUAACACCAGAUAUUCUGGCUUCUACCACCUUUUCAUAUCAAACUCCAUCAUCAUGCACUUCCUUUACAACAACAUAUGUCUUAACUGAUAAUGAUAGUAAAGAGACUACAUCUUUUGGUACUGCAUCGUACUCUUUAUUUACGAGCAAUAAUAUUGUUUAUACUAGAUAUUGUUUGGAUGAGACAUCCACUUUUUCAGAUCUGCCAUCAUGCACUCCAUUAACAACAACAUAUGCUUCAACUGAUAACAAAGGUGAAGGAAAAAUGGUCACCACUACUGUAUCUUAUUCAGUAAUUACAUCUGAUGGUUCAAGUCAUGCAUAUUAUUGCAAUGUGAAUUCAAUUUUGCCAUCAAAUGUACUCUCAUCAUCGUUUAUUUCUUCAUCGUUUUCUACAGAUGCAACAAUCAGUUCAGAAAGCAAGCCCAACACUUCAACUCAACCAGAUUCAGAGUAUUCAAUAUCUACGGUUACCACUGCUGGGGACAUUGAAACAACAACAAUUACCAUUGAAUCUUGUGGAACUAAAACUUGCGAGACAUUGGCUGUUGAAACUGACUUAACCACUUUGAUAGUAACUGAUGGCACUGUUGUUUCUUAUUACACCAUAUAUUGCCCUUUAACUUUAGGUGAAUCUGAAUUAGCACAAUACGAAGAAAGCUCUUUUACCAUUUCAAAGCCUUUAGCUUCCUGUGAAACUGGUGAUUGUGAAACUAAAAUUCCUUGCAGUAGCCUCGAAUGCUCUACUUUAUCAUUAACCACAGAGAUAAUUGUAUCAUCCAGCAGUUUUAAUUCUACUGAGAUUGUCUUGACUUCUCUUGUACCUACUUUAAUAGAAGCCAAUCUUGGAACAUAUACUUCUGUUGGUUAUUUUUCUCUUUUGAUGGGUUUUGCCUUGUUAUUAGUUUGAAUUUGGUUUGAUCAGUUUUUACAACACUUUCAAUUUUAAUUUUAUACUUGCUUAUCUGUUGCGAAUUUUAUUUUGUUAUUCUUCUGCUUCACUUUUAUAUUUGGAUUAUUCAAUUUUCUUUCAUAUUUUUUUUUUUACAGUACCUUUUUAAUUAGUAAAAAAUUUAGUUGUUUAAUAGAGUUAUUUUUC